GGAAGUGGGGCAGCAGAAGAACUGGGCAGGUGGCGGAAAGCGCGGUUCGGGGGAAGUUAUUACAGGGAGUCCUCUUCCGGCGCCAGAGGCCGGAAGUUGUCGCCAGGACGUGUCAACCUGGGUCUGAGGGCUCAGAGUACAGCUGCAACCGCGACCAUGGGCGGGAAGAACAAGCAGCGAACUAAAGGGAACCUGAGGAGACGGGGUUUUGCCAUGUUGCCCAGGCUGGUCUUGAACUUUAGGGCUCAAGUGAUCUACCCGCCUUGGCCUCUCAAAAGUGUUGGGAUUACAGGCAUGAGCCACCCUGCUCUGCUGCCUUCAAACAGUGGCCGAGCUGCAGAACUACUUGCCAAAGAACAGGGAACAGUGCCUGGAUUUAUUGGUUUUGGAACAUCUCACAAUGACCUGGGUUACGUUCCUGCUAUUCAAGGAGCUGAAGAAAUUGACAGUCUUGUAGAUUCUGAUUUCCGAAUGGUGCUGCGGAAACUUUCAAAGAAAGAUGUCACCACAAAAUUAAAAGCUAUGCAGGAAUUUGGAACCAUGUGUACAGAGAGAGACACAGAAACUGUGAAAGGAGUUCUUCCAUAUUGGCCAAGAAUUUUUUGCAAAAUUUCACUUGAUCAUGAUCGUCGGGUCCGAGAAGCCACACAGCAAGCUUUUGAAAAACUUAUCCUUAAAGUAAAGAAACAGUUGGCUCCCUACUUAAAAAGUUUAAUGGGAUAUUGGCUAAUGGCUCAGUGUGAUACUUACACACCAGCUGCUUUUGCGGCAAAAGAUGCAUUUGAAGCGGCUUUUCCUCCAAGCAAGCAACCUGAAGCCAUAGCAUUUUGUAAAGAUGAAAUUACAAGUGUGCUGCAGGAUCAUCUUUUAAAAGAAACACCUGAUACACUCAGUGACCCGCAAACUGUUCCAGAGGAAGAAAGAGAAGCUAAAUUCUAUCGGGUUGUAACUUGUUCCUUAUUGGCGUUAAAGAAAUUGCUUUGCCUCUUACCUGAUAAUGAGCUUCAUUCUCUGGAGGAGAAAAUUAAGUCUCUUUUAUCACAGAAUAAGUUUUGGAAAUAUGGAAAACACAGUGUACCUCAGAUCCGCUCGGCUUAUUUUGAGUUAGUUUCUGCAUUGUGCCAGCGCAUUCCACAGUUGAUGAAAGAAGAAGCAUCCAAAGUGAGCCCAUCAGUUCUACUUAGCAUUGAUGACAGUGACCCAAUUGUCUGCCCUGCUCUCUGGGAAGCUGUACUCUAUACACUUACAACUAUUCAGGACUGUUGGCUUCAUGUAAAUGCAAAAAAGAGUGUGUUUCCCAAGCUGUCAACUGUUAUUCGUGAAGGUGGUCGGGGUCUAGCUACUGUCAUAUAUCCUUACCUUCUGCCAUUCAUCAGCAAACUCCCUCAGUCCAUCACAGAUCCAAAGUUGGAUUUCUUCAAAAAUUUCCUCACAUCUGUAGUUGCUGGGCUAUCCACAGAGAAAACUAAAACCAGCUCUUCAGAGUCCUCGGCAGUAAUAUCUGCUUUUUUUGAAUGCUUACGUUUUAUAAUGCAGCAAAACUUAGGUGAGGAAGAGAUUGAACAGAUGCUCGUCAAUGAUCAGUUGAUCCCUUUUAUUGAUGCAGUUCUCAAAGACCCAAGGUUGCAACAUGGGCAGCUAUUUAACCAUUUAGCAGAAACUUUAAGUUCCUGGGAAGCCAAAGCAGACACGGAAAAAGAUGAAAAAACAGCUCACAACUUGGAGAAUGUACUGAUACAUUUCUGGGAAAGACUGUCAGAGAUCUGUAUCGCAAAAAUCAAUGAGCCAGAAGCUAAUGCUGAGUCCGUUUUGGGUGUAUCUAACCUAUUACAGGUGCUUCAGAAGCCAGAGAGCUCAUUGAAGUCAAAUAAGAAAAAAAAUGGUAAGGUUAGAUUUGCUGAUGAGACACCUGAAAGUAAUAAAGGGAGUGAAAAAUGUGUAUCUUCAGAAGGAGAGAACAUUGAAGGCUGGGAAUUAUCAACUGAACCUUCUCUCACUCAUAAUUCUGAAGACUCAAAGUCUGAAGACUUUUUAUCUCCUCUAAGGAAAAAACCUUUGGAAGUCUUAGUCUGUAAACUGGCAGAGAUGAGCAUUAAUUAUGUCAAUGAACAAAAGUCAGAGCAACAUCUGAGGUUUCUUUCUACUCUGCUUGACUCCUUUUCUUCAAGCCAAGUAUUUAAAAUGCUACUUGGUGAUGAAAAACAGAGUAUUGGCCAAGCCAAACCUCCUGAAAUAGCCAAGCUUGCACAAAAAAAUCCUGCGGUGCAGUUUUUAUACCAGAAACUGAUAGGUUGGCUAAAUGAAGAUCAAAGGAAGGAUUCUGGUUUCCUGGUGGACAUUUUGUACAGUGCUCUCAGGUGCUGUGACAAUGAUAUGGAAAGAAAAAAAGUCUUGGAUGAUCUAACCAAGGUGGACCUGAAGUGGAAUUCUCUUCUUAAGAUUAUUGAAAAGGCUUGUUCUAGUUCAGAUAAACAUGCUUUAGUAACUCCUUGGCUAAAAGGUGAUAUCCUUGGUGAGAAAUUGGUCGACUUAGCAGAUCGUCUUUGUAAUAAUAAGGACUUGAAAUCUCGAGUAUCUUCAGAAUCUCACUUCUCAGAAAGAUGGACUCUUCUAAGUUUGGUCUUAUCCCAGCAUGUUAAAAAUGAUUACUUGAUUGGAGACGUAUAUGUUGAAAGAAUUAUUGUUAAACUUCAUGAAACUUUAUUCAAAACAAAGAAAUUAUCAGAAGCUGAAAAUAGUGACUCAUCAGUGUCUUUUAUCUGUGAUGUGGCCUAUAACUAUUUCAGCUCAGCAAAAGGAUGCUUGCUAAUGCCAUCAUCUGAAGAUUUAUUAUUAACUCUCUUUCAGUUAUGUGCUCAGAGCAAAGAAAAAACACAUAUGCCAGAUUUUCUUAUCUGUAAACUGAAAAAUACUUGGCUUUCUGGUGUAAAUUUAUUGGUUCAUCAAACUGACAGUACAUAUAAAGAGAGUACCUUCCUACAUUUGUCUGCUCUGUGGCUGAAGAACCAAGUUCAGGCUUCAUCUUUGGAUAUCAACAGUCUCCAAGUCCUCUUGUCUGCUGUUGAUGAUUUGCUAAAUACGCUUCUAGAGAGUGAAGAUUCUUAUCUUAUGGGUGUGUAUAUUGGAAGUGUAAUGCCAAGCAACAAUGAAUGGGAAAAGAUGAGGCAGUCUCUUCCUAUGCAGUGGUUACAUAGACCUCUUUUAGAGGGAAGAUUGAGUUUGAAUUAUGAAUGUUUCAAAACAGAUUUUAAGGAGCAGGACAUAAAGACACUUCCCAGCCAUUUGUGUACUUCAGCAUUAUUGAGCAAAAUGGUCUUAAUUGCACUGAGAAAGAAAAUAGUCUUAGAAAAUAAUGAGCUUGAGAAAAUAAUUGGAGAACUGCUUUAUUCACUGCAGUGGUGUGAAGAAUUAGAUAACCCACCUGUUUUUCUAACUGGAUUUUGUGAAAUGCUUCAAAAAAUGAAUAUUACGUAUGAUAAUUUACGUGUACUUGGUAAUACUUCUGGCCUUUUGCAGCUGUUAUUUAACAGGUCCAGAGAACAUGGCACAUUGUGGUCUCUUAUUAUUGCUAAGUUGAUCCUUUCCCGAAGCAUUUCAUCUGAUGAAGUAAAACCACAUUAUAAGAGAAAAGAAGGUUUUUUUCCACUAACUGAAGGCAAUUUGCAUACCAUUCAAAGUCUUUGUCCAUUUUUGUCAAAAGAAGAAAAGAAAGAAUUUAGUGCUCAAUGUAUACCUGCUCUUUUUGCCUGGACUAAGAAAGAUCUUUGCAGUACUAAUGGAGGUUUUGGACAUCUUGCCAUUUUCAAUUCUUGUCUACAGACCAGAAGUAUAGAUGAUGGAGAGCUAUUACAUGGAAUAUUAAAAAUCAUAAUGUCCUGGAAGAAAGAGCAUGAAGAUAUUUUUCUUUUCAGUUGUAAUCUAUCAGAAGCAAGUCCAGAGGUACUGGGUGUAAAUAUAGAAAUAAUCCGGUUUCUUUCCCUGUUUCUGAAAUAUUGCACAUCCCCUUUGGCAGAGAGUGAAUGGGACUUCAUCAUGUGCUCCAUGUUGGCUUGGUUGGAGACAACCAGUGAGAAUCAGGCAUUGUAUUCUGUUCCACUUGUGCAACUGUUUGCCUGUGUCAGCUGUGAUUUGGCCUGUGACCUCAGUGCUUUUUUUGAUUCCACAACUCUGGAUACCAGUGGCAGCCUUCCUAUAAAUCUGAUCAGUGAAUGGAAAGAAUUUUUUUCCCAAGGCAUCCACAGUUUGCUUUUACCUAUUUUGGUGACUGUUACAGGAGAAAACAAAGAUAUGUCUGAAACAUCCUUUCAGAAUGCAAUGCUGAAACCCAUGUGUGAAACAUUAACAUAUAUCUCAAAGGAGCAGCUACUGAGUCACAAACUUCCUGCGAGAUUAGUUGCGGACCAAAAAACAAACUUACCAGAAUAUCUCCAGACUUUGUUAAAUACGUUGGCCCCAUUACUCCUCUUCAGAGCUAGGCCUGUGCAAAUUGCUGUUUAUCGUAUGCUAUACAAAUUGAUGCCUGAAUUACCACAGUAUGAUCAGGAUAAUCUAAAGUCAUAUGGAGAUGAAGAAGAAGAACCAGCCCUGUCACCACCAGCAGCACUGAUGUCUCUUCUUAGCACUCAAGAGGAUUUAUUAGAAAAUGUUUUGGGGUGUAUUCCCGUUGGACAGAUAGUUACUAUUAAACCACUGAGUGAAGACUUCUGUUAUGUUCUGGGAUACCUUCUCACUUGGAAAUUAAUACUAACUUUCUUCAAAGCUGCUUCAUCACAGCUUCGGGCUCUGUAUUCAAUGUAUCUUCGGAAAACAAAGAGUUUGAAUAAAUUGCUCUAUCACCUGUUCAGGCUUAUGCCAGAAAAUCCAACCUAUGCAGAGACAGCAAUUGAGGUCCCAAAUAAAGACCCUAAAACAUUCUUUACUGAGGAGCUGCAGCUGAGCAUUAGAGAAACUGCAACUCUCCCAUACCACAUUCCACACUUGGCUUGUUCAGUCUAUCAUAUGACAUUAAAAGACUUGCCUGCUAUGGUUAGGUUGUGGUGGAAUAGCAGUGAGAAGCGUGUUUUCAAUAUUGUGGAUAGAUUUACAAGCAAGUAUGUCAGCAAUGUACUUUCUUUUCAAGAAAUAUCUUCUGUACAGACAAGUACACAACUAUUUAAUGGCAUGACGGUUAAAGCUCGAGCUACUACUCGAGAGGUAAUGGCUACUUACACUAUUGAAGACAUAGUUAUUGAACUUAUAAUACAACUGCCCUCAAAUUAUCCACUGGGUUCAAUAACUGUAGAAAGUGGGAAAAGAGUGGGAGUGGCCGUUCAGCAGUGGCGGAACUGGAUGCUGCAGUUAAGCACUUACCUAACCCAUCAGAAUGGAAGUAUUAUGGAAGGCUUAGCUUUAUGGAAAAAUAAUGUAGACAAACGUUUUGAGGGUGUUGAAGAUUGCAUGAUCUGUUUCUCGGUCAUUCACGGUUUCAACUAUUCCCUUCCUAAAAAAGCCUGUAGAACAUGCAAGAAAAAAUUCCAUUCAGCCUGCUUGUACAAAUGGUUUACAUCCAGCAACAAAUCUACUUGUCCACUCUGUCGUGAGACGUUUUUCUAAGAUGUUUUUUCAUUGGAGGUGAUCCCUGAAGUAUGUCGAGCAAAGGCAUUGGAUUUGGAUCCGUCUUAAAGUGUGGAUGUGGGGAAGCCAGUGAGCAUUACUUUUAAAUAGGACCUUCUCUGAAAAAGUAUUUUGGUUAGCAUAAUAAUCUUAAAAUCAGGUUUACUUAACUUUAGAUUGCUUUGUAAAUGUUUGGGAACUUUCUUUUACAAAAGAAUAUUACAUAUUUGAGAGAAAAUAUUUAUAUUAAUGGAUUAAUCUCUUUGUAUAUUUAAAAAUAAAUAAGAAAACCCCCUAAAUUACAGAAUUGGAAUUUGUGAAAGAUUGUACAACUAUAUUAUUGAUAAACCCAUUCUGUUUGUUGAUCUGUGUUUUCAGAUAGUCCAAGUGAAGCAAAAUGAACUGAGAGAGCUGAUUUACAUCUAUAGGUAUUUUAAGAGUUAUUUAUUAGUCAUGACAAUAAAUUAGUAGUAUUCUGAUAUUUGUAGAUUAUUUUAAUGAUAAAGUGACACUAAACUAUUAAUAUAGCUUGUCUUAAGCUAUUUGGAAGCAUGCUCUGAAAUCCUGUAUAAAAGAGUGUAAACUGAACUUUAAGGUGCCUCCAUUCAUCAAGGGUUGUGAAAUUCAGAAAAUUAAAUUCUUGAUGCUGACCUUUUGCUUGUGGAAGAAUUAUUUCUAUAUAGGAAUUUGAAUUGUAAACUUGUCAGUGAAUUUAUUGCUCAGUUUGAGUGAGUCUCUAGAGGGUGAGAAUUUGAGAGAAAUGGCAGUUUAUUAUUUCAUUCAUGAAGCAGCAUGGCAGUUAUGCUUCUAUUGAGGGGGAGAAAUAAAUGAGUAUUGCUGAAACUUAAAAAUCAGUGGAAAAUUGCUUAUAGCCGUUACUGGAUAGGGAAUUAAGGAAAAAAAUCAGUGGAAAAAACAAAACAUUUAAAAUAUUGCAGGAGGCUUUUAAUUUUGUAAGCAAAGUUACACUAAAUAAGAGAUUUGGGGAGCAAAUGUUUUCAGCCUUCAAAAAUGAAAGAAAAGGAUUUUAGCACUAAGUAAAAUUCAGUAUAAUAGGCUGAAGUGGAAUAAGUGAAAACCUGUCUUUUGACACUCUUAAAAAUUGUGCCCAAAAUAUAAAAGUGUGGAAGCUCAGAACUUGGAAUAAUUUGAUUGCAGUCUUCCAUUACAUGGAAAUAGCAUAUUGCAUAUCUAGGUUACUUGAGAGCUCAGCUAAUCUUCUCUAUUGCAUAUGUUUAAUUGGCAAAAACAAUUCAUGAAAAAUAAAAUUAACUGCUUUCCAUCUACUGGGUAAAAUGACUGUUGAAAUAGUAUGAAUGUGAUCAGAGGAUUAUAGUUGAGAGUGAAGUACUAUGUGUGAGUUAUAGAUCUCUUGAGUUGUAUUUAUAGAUGCAGUGUCCUGCCCAGUUUUGUUUGCCUCCUACAUUUUUCUGUAAAAUAUUUAUUACUUCUAGCCCUGAGGCUCUGAGAGUUAGUAAGUGAAGUACAGAUAGCAAAAUUUUACUACCUCGUUAACCCCUUUCUUUAAUAUUCUCUGUCUUUCUAUGUCUCUCUCUGACAUAGCAGUCCCAAAGAAUUGUUUUACUUCCCUGUGAAAGUUAUAUACUUUUCCUUUAAAAAUGGUUUUAUAAUAAGACUGUUUAAAACCUUUCCAGUAUUGGUACAUCUUGGCUUUUGACUCAAACUCCAAGCAGAAAAGAAAAUGGAAUAAUGGAGCAUUGUUUUUCCAUGUCAGUAUUAGAGCAUCAGAUUCUUGGUGAAAUACUAUAAUUAAGUAGUUAUAAUUAAAUAACUGCUCUUCAUACGUAGGACUCUUAAUACAUUUCUUUAAGACUUGUAAGUAUAGUUGUCAAGCUUGUUAACUGUUUAUAUGCUAAAGGAAAAGCUUUCCAAAAUGAGACUGAAAUUCAGGAUACCACAUUAAAGUUGUAUCUGUAUAGCUUUGACAACUCUAACAAAAGGAUAGCAGCCCUUAAACUUUUAGUGUAUAAGGACAUUUUAAAAUUGCAUGAGAUUAGCAACAUUAGCAAAAUUGUUAAUUUAAAACCCAAAGUAAAUUGCAAAUUUUAAAAUUUAUUUUUUACUCUUAUCACAUGCUCUAAUGUAUGUACCUAAGUUUCUGUAGCUUAAAUAAUAUGUUUUUAUUUGAUCCAUUUUUGUGGUGCAAGUAAUUAAUGUUAUUAUUUGAUUGUUAUACCAUAUGUGCCCAUUAAAAUUCUUUUUAAUUAAGAAAAUUUCAAAUAUACAGAAAAAUAAUAUAAAUGCCCUUGUACUCUUCACAUACUAUUUUGCCAUAUUUGCUUCUGAUUUUUAAAGAAAUAAAAUGUUACUCUUUUGUACUUC